CCUUCGCCUUCCUCCUCGUUUCCAAAUAAAAGGGUUUUCUCUUGCUCCUCUCUGCUUUCUUCUCUAAGGACAUGGUUCCUACAUCCCCUUGAAGGAAAGUGGAUAAGUACGAUAUCAUUUAUCCUCCGGAUCCAGUUGCCCAACUCAUAGUACCCAUCGAUCCCUGCUACUAGGUGUUGAACUGUUGGAAAGAUGGGGGCGCUGUUAUCGAGAUUCUGGUUCAUGCUGUUUCCGGCGAAGGAGUAUAAAAUCGUGGUUGUAGGUUUGGAUAAUGCCGGUAAGACAACGUCGCUCUAGCUCUACAAAUUGCAUUUGGGAGAGGUGGUCACUACGAAUCCUACAGUCGGUAGUAAUGUCGAAGAGGUUGUUUACAAGAACAUACGGUUUGAGGUGUGGGAUCUCGGCGGGCAAGAUAGGCUAAGAACAUCGUGGGCAACAUACUUCCGAGGCACUCACGCCGUGAUCGUAGUGAUCGACAGCACAGACCGAGCGCGGAUCUCAAUCAUGAAGGAAGAGCUGUUCCGACUGCUACAACACGAUGACCUCGAGCAUUCGGUCGUGCUCGUCUUCGCAAACAAGCAGGACCUCAAGGAGGCGAUGUCUCCAGCUGAGAUCACGGACGCUCUUUCCAUCCAUAGCAUAAAGAAACACGACUGGCACAUACAGGCCUGCUGCGCCCUCACCGGUGAGGGGCUCUAUGACGGCCUCGGCU